AUGCAUAUACCUCAUUACUUUCAUGCAAGUAUUCAAGCUCAGAAUAUCUUAAUAGCUAAGAAAGAAACGAAUAUGGGAUUAGAAAGAAAGAGAGGGGAAAACAGCAACGAGAGAGAGAGAGAGAGAGAGAGAGAGAGAGAGAGAGAGAGAGAGAGAGAGAGAGAGGACGAGAGAGAGAGAGGGGGAGAGAACGAGAAAGACAGAACAAGAAUGAAAGAAAGAGAGAACGAGAGAACGAGAGCGAUAGAACGAAACAGAGAGAGAGAGAGAGAGAGAGAGAGAGAGAGAGAGAGAGAGAGAGAGAGAGAGAGAGAGAGAGAGAGAGAGAGGGUACAUGGGAGCAGAUAUGCCGACCAGGUCAAGGAGACACGACAAAUGGCGCUGAACCCCCUGAGGAUAGGGCCCACUCACUACUCUAAUGCCGUACGUUUCCGGCUGGCCCUCCCCUUCUCCACGCCUAAGAACUGUGACUGCACUGACCACACCGCCAUCACGGACCCCCGCCUCCCUAACCACCUACUCCGCUGCGGCACGGGCAAGCAUCGCAUCAACACCCAUAACGAGCUGCGCGAUGCGUGCAUUAGCAUGGCCCAGGACGCGGGGUUCAUCGUCCACAGCGAGUCGUCGGCGCAUUGCCCCAUUGAGGAGCAGACGGCCGAUUUUACAAUGACGGACCGAAGCAGUGGGGCCGUAUACGUAUGCGACGUCACCAUUACCGACCCUAUUAGCACCAGGGAUCCCAAGGCGCAGAAGGGCAGGGGCUGGGCGGCACGGGAGCAAGCGGACAAGAAGAUCCAGCACUACGCCACCCUGCCAGAGACGGUGCAGUUCUUCCCACUAGCGGUGGACACCUACGGCUGCCCCUGCGCAGAGGUGCCAGUCUUCCUGAAGCUCUUGGCGGACACUGCAGCACGGCGCCACUUCAACGCCGACUCCAAAUCGUUCUAUGCUGCAAAAUUCCUGCACCAGUUCAGGCAGCGUUGGUCGGUGGCCCUGCAAAGGGCCCAAUCUGUAGGCCUCCUGCUCAAGCUUGGAGAGGCCGCGGCGGUAGAGAAUCCGCCUGUGGGGGGAAUUGGGGACGAGUUGCACCUUGGGGACUGCUUUGCAGUCAUUGAGCCUCUAGUGGAGUUGUAG